AGAACCUGCUACAAAUGCGAUAUGAAGUUCAUCAAAGAGGAAGGAUGUAAUAUGAUGAAAUGCCGUUGCGGAGCUCUCAUGUGCUAUGUUUGUAAUCAACCUGUCAAAAAUUACAACCAUUUUAACGGCCCCGACGGUAGUAAUACAAAUCUCUGCCCUCUAUUUAGCGACAUCAUUCAACUUCACAAAGAUGCGGUCUUAAAAAGUGCCGAAGAAGCUAAGAGAGAUCUAGGAAUUAGCGAAGCUAAAAGAUUAAAGAUAGAUCCCACCGCGGAUAUCGAACAGCACUAUAAGACUGACACUGAAACUGUUGUUCCAGCAGCUCCCGUUAAUCCCUUUUUAGCAAUGAAUCGUGAAGAUCGCCUUGCACAGGAGAGAGCGUUGCAAAGGUUUGAACACAACCGCCGUCGUCGUCGCCGACACUAAUUUUCAGAUUACCUUUAUUAUCAGUUAAUACUGUGUAGUGUGUAUAUUAUGUCUAUUUUAAGUUGAACCAAAUUUUAUUAUGA